CACGGAACCAAUAACAAUAACACACAGCAAUGGCGGAGAAAGAAAAAGGUUCAUCAGAGGCAGGUAGCUGGUGGGGUGGGUUGCUAGCUGCUGCCAAACACCAGACAGAGAAGGCGAUGGAAAUGGUGAGUACUGACCUGGCCGAGUUCACCUCCACAAUGCAGAACGACACCAAGAAGGUGGUCGAGAAAACUAAAGAAACGCUUCAGACGAGUGGUGAUGAGGUAGAAGGACACACUGCAAGUGACCGGGUGAAGCAUGGUUUCUUCUCCCUCAUGGAAGGGAUCACAAAGGCCCUUACUGUGGACCCUGAGGACACUGAACCCGCCAGGUUGCCCCCUCCCCAGCCAGGGGAUGGCAUCUUUGACAGGGCUAAGGCAAGGCUCAGAGCCAUACAGGUGGACACAGGGACAUAUUUGAAUGACCCUUCAGGAUCCUCACAGCUGUAUGCUGAUUGGUUGAAGUCUUUUGACAUCGAGGCUCACAAGGGUGAAAUCUCUGAACUUCUGGUGUCCAUGGUGGAAGUUAGAUCCCUGUACACAACACUGGUUCCUUCUGAGGUGUCGCACCAGGAUUUCUGGCGACGGUAUUUCUACAAGCUGUACCAGCUGAGUGUAGAUGAGGCACGGAAACAGGCCUUGAUGAGGCGUGCAGAGCGGGCAAAUGUUAAAGAUGAGUCUAUCAGCUGGGAUGAAGAAGAUGAAUGGAGUGGAGAUGAAGAUGGCCCCCGACUUGAACCAGCUAGAGAAGACCCUUCUUCUAGACUUCAGCCUGGUAGUGUUGGUGCGGAUAAUGAUGAUAUGCCGAGUGGAAAAUCUGGAGAGCAUGAAAAUAAAAAAGCAGAGCAGACGGAUGGAGAUAUGGGUGCUGUAAAAGACAAACCAAGUGAGGUAGAAGCUUCCAGUCAUGUCAAGUUGAAAGACACUAAAACUAAAAAGAACGUUAAUGUACAAAGAGCAAUGAAGAGUGGUGAUAGGACUGUUUUUGCUGAGCCAACUAAUGUAAACCAAGACAAAGUUAUUCAAACCUCUGAAAUUAGUGUUAAAUCAGUUGUCAUCGCGCAAGAAAAAUCUUCAGAGGUUGAAACACAAGUAAAAGGACAAGUUAAUGACAACAGUGAGACAUCUGUUAUAGCAUGUGACACAAACGAUGACAAAACUGUGAACGAUACCCACAAAAGAGAAGAUGAGAUUACUGUGGUUAAGGAAGUUACAGAACCAGUGAAUGAGAUGACUGUGGUUAAGGAGGUUAAAGAACCAGAGAAUGAGAUGACUGUGGUUAAGGAGGUUACAGAGCCAGAAAAUGUGAUGACUGUGGUUAAGGAAGUUACAGAACCAGAGAAUGAGAUGACUGUGGUUAAGGAGGUUACAGAACCAGAGAAUGAGAUGACUAUGGUUAAGGAAGUUACAGAACCAGUGAAAAACGUUACAGAGGUGACCGAGAGUAUGGCCACAGGUACCAGUAAGAUGGCCACUGAUGUGAUUGGAGUGAUAGAAGAUGGUAUAGGGGCGUUGAAGACUAAAGUGAAGGGUGAUAUGGUGGUGGUCGGGGACAGGAUAUCACCAUCAUCAGAGUCCAGUGAAAAUAAGGAGUCAGUGACAGAGGACUGGGAGCAAGACUUUGACGAUGUUGAGGUGACGGCAGAAGACCUGCAGGCUGCCCACCAGCUGGCGGAGAAACUCAACAUGUCCGCCACUGAGUACAACACUCUCACUGGAGAGGAGGAGGAAGACUGGGAAAACUGGGAAUGACCUGGCGUGGUCAGGGGCUGGUACCUAGCUGGGUUUGGUACCAGCAUUUUAAAAUGACGGCGAAAAGAUGACUAUAUGCAAAAUGAUAACACUUCAAAUCAUUGCAGACCAAAUUUCCUGUGUAUGAUUUUUGUUCUCAUAAAUGUUACUUUUUAAGUGUACAUUAUGUUUAUUGAACUGUUUAUUUGGGCAUACAUUUGUUUUCCCCCACAUGCUUGGUGGAUGGGAUUGGCUGUGUAUGGUGGGAAAACAUUCACUGAUAUUAUAAUCAUGAGUGUGUGAAUGCUAUAUUGUUAUUAUUGUUAUUGACCUGCUUCUGUGAUAUGUUGGGAUUAUGUAAUAUAUUGUUUUGAAUCAUGGUGAAAUUAUACGCAGAAUUAUUAUUCGUUUUGUUCAACAAGAACCACUGUCCAGUAAGAACAACUUUAAGUAUAUGAAGGAGCUGAUUGAUAUUGUGAUUUAUUUCUUGUUUAAUGAUUAUCUUUUGAUGGGUAUCUAACAUUCACAUGUAGAUGACAUAUAAAUACUCAUUCUUACUGUGUUAUGAAAAGAUUGUGGUUUCCAGUAUAUUUUGUUCAAAAUUUGAAUUGUACAACAUGAAAAUAUAAGAUUUAUAUCAGGCACUGAAUUAUUAUUUAAGUCAUUGCAAUGGUUUCAGUUGGUAUGCGUUAUCUACAUUGAUUAAAAUAAAGCAUUAACAGUC